AUGGACUACUUCAACUGGAAUGUCUCAUAUCCAGCGUUCACCCUGUGUCCUGCUCCUAGCUUCAAAGUUGAUGUUACCGCCUUCACAGAGCUUAUUAACAAAACCGACAAAAGAGCAGAAUUGUUGUUAUGGGCAAUAAUUUUGGGCGAUAUUGAAAAUUUGGAGCUAAUAGACGUCCCACCAAAUGGCGCUUUGUCGCUCAUAGAUCCUAGAGACUACGCAAAGAUAGCGGCUUCAGUAUUUAAAGUAUUUGACGAGUCUUCAAUUACCACGAACACUAACUCACCUAUCAGUGUGGAACCUGCAAUGACUGAGCUUGGUAUGUGCCACGUGGUCAACUCCAAUGUGGCGUUCUUGGACAACCCUAACAAAUGGGGUAGUAACGUAACGACCUACGCCAAAAACAACAUACAACUGUCGGUCCAUGAUAGAGAUUUCUUUACUCAGAUCAUUAACUACGCAGAGAUUUAUAAGGUUUUCAUUCACGGUUCAGACGAGACAAUCCUGAGUACGUCUCCCUCGUACUCGCAAUCUCUCAGAGGCUUCAUGUCGUUUGGUGUACAAGUGUGGACUACUAAAAUAUCAGAGGAAUUGCGUUUGGCGCCAAUGCGACUUAGGAAAUGCAGAUUCAUCAGCGAACCGAUUAGUGAGCGAUACCCGAUUUAUACUUACAAUCACUGUUUGUUAGAGUGCAGAAUCCAAAUGAUUAUAAAACUAUGUGGCUGCAUUCCGCAUUUCUACAAACCUUUGGACUACGAAAGAGUAUGCAGCAUAGACGAACUAAAAUGCGUAUUGUCAUAUAGAAAAGAAAUCUUAUCAUUAUCAACUUCGGAAAAAACAUUGAAAAGCUUCAAAACGUCAACAGCGUUGCCGAGGACUUCUAAGGAUUGUAACUGUCCGAGUCAAUGUGAAACCGAUGUCUAUCAGAAGGAUUACGAAAAUUUUAUACCGCAAAAAGACAUGAAUUGGUUGAGAAUUGGCAUCUCUUCAUUUCCAAAAGUUAGAGUUGUGAGGGACAUUAUUUUCAGCUUCUAUGACAUAAUGCUGAGAAUCGGAGGCGUAGUAAAUCUGUGUAUUGGCUGUUCAAUUUUAUCGCUAGUGGAAAUGUGCGUAACUACGAUAAGGCUAUGUUUUAUAUAG